UUCAUGUAAGAAGAGUGGACCCUCUCUCUCUCUCUCUCUCUUUCCUCUUUCUCUCUCUCUUCUCUCGCGAAACAACGGCGCUAUACUCUUUCCUUUUAUGGUUUGUGGUUUGGUUUGCCUCUCAUUUCUUCAAACAAAACCACAUUUUGCUUGCACUUCUCUCACAUAUCAUCAUCACACACCCUUUCUUUCUCUCUCUCUCCAUUUUCUCUAUAUACUCCAACACAAAACAACUACUGCUAUUUUUUUUUGUUUUUAUUGUGGUUGUAGUAGCAGUGGUAGCAGCAGUUGCAGUUGCAGUUGCAGCAGUACCUUAACAUCCACAACAAGUACAAGAACACCACUUGCAUUAUUUUUCUCCAUCUGGGUGUCUCUUAACUCGUGCUCUUUUCCAACUCCUGCUACACCCUUUGCUUGUCACACACCACAACACACCCCACUCACCGGAUUACAAGGCACGAGGAGGAGAAGAUAGUUGUUGAAGAAGCAACAUUUUUGGAGUUUCUUAUUCACUGAAUGGAUUGAAGAAGGUGCACAGAGGGAUAAUGUUAAAGUCAGUGUCAUUUGGAGUGUUGUUAACAUGGUUUGUGGUGGUGACGCGUGUGUGUGGAACAGAAGUUCAAAGAUGUAACUGUGAUGAUGAGUGGAGCUUCUGGACUAUUGAGAGCAUUCUGGAGUGCCAAAGGGUUGGUGAUUUUCUGAUUGCUGUGGCCUACUUCUCCAUCCCUGUUGAGCUUCUUUACUUUGUUAGUUGCUCAAACCUCCCAUUCAAAUGGGUCCUCUUUCAGUUCAUCGCUUUCAUUGUACUUUGUGGGAUGACACAUUUGCUCAAUGGUUGGACUUAUGGUCCCCACACUUUUCAACUCAUGGUGGCAAUCACUGUGUUCAAAACCCUCACCGCAUUGGUGUCAUGUGCCACUGCGCUAACUCUCUUCACUCUCAUCCCUCUGCUGUUGAAAGUGAAGGUUCGGGAGUUCAUGCUGAAGAAAAAGACCUGGGAUCUUGGGAGGGAGGUUGGGUUUAUAAUGAAACAGAAGGAGGCUUCGGUGCAUGUGAGAAUGCUUACUCAAGAGAUUCGAAAGUCGUUGGAUAGGCACAAGAUUCUGUACACCACGUUGGUUGAACUUUCCAAGACGCUUGGUUUGCAAAACUGUGCAAUUUGGAUGCCGAAUGAUGAGAAGACUGAGAUGAACCUUACUCAUGAGUUGAAUGGGAGGAAUCUCAACUGUUCUAUUCUCAUAACUGAUCCUGAUGUUGCCAGAAUCAAGGGGAGUGAUGAGGUGAACGUGAUUGAUUCUGAUUCGGUGCUUGCCACUGCCAGCAGUGGAGAUUCUGGUGUGGCAGGACCGGUUGCUGCAAUCCGAAUGCCGAUGCUUCGGGUUAGCAAUUUCAAAGGGGGGACACCGGAGCUAAGACAGACAUGUUAUGCUGUGCUGGUUUUGAUUCUUCCUGUGACGGAGGCUAAAUCGUGGAGCACUCAAGAGCUUGAGAUUAUUAAGGUGGUUGCUGAUCAGGUGGCGGUGGCUCUGUCUCAUGCUGCGAUUCUUGAGGAGUCUCAUAUGAUGAGGGAGAAGUUGGAGGAACAGAACCGAGCGUUGCAGGUGGAGAAGAUGAAUGCUAUGAGGGCCAACCAGGCCAGAGCAGCGUUUCAGAAAGUGAUGAGUAAUGGAAUGGGAAGGCCUAUGCACUCAAUCAUGGGGCUGCUUUCGGUGAUGCAGGAAGAGAAUUUAAAGCGUGAGCAGAAAGUGGUUGUGGAUUCUAUGUUCAGAGCCAGCACUGUGAUGUCAAACCUGCUGAAUGAUGCCAUGGAUUGGUCGGCAAGGGAUGAUGGAAGAUUCCCUCUGGAGAUGAAGCCUUUUGGGCUGCAUAAUAUGGUGAAGGAUGCAGCUUGCUUUGCCAGGUUCAUGUGUGUUUAUAGGGGCCUUGGCUUUGUUGUUGAUGCAGAUAAGUCUUUGCCGGAUAAUGUUGUAGGUGAUGAAAAGAGGGUUUUCCAAGUGCUUCUGCAUAUGGUUGGGAGUGCAAUAAAUGGUAACCAAGGAGGAGGGGUUCUUGUGCUGCGGGUUUAUGCAGAAACUGGAAGUCAAGGGAGGAGUGACCAGGGUUGGACAAAUUGGAGACCAAGCUCUUCAAAUGGGGAUGUAAAUAUCAGAUUUGAGAUAGGGAUCAAAAUUGGUGAAUCUGAAAUGGAAAAUUCAGUUCCUUCAGGGCACCUUCCUGGCACAAUGCGUGCUACUCAUAGGGUUGAGGAAAGAUUGAGCUUCAGCAUUUGCAAGAGGAUAAUUCAGCUGAUGCAAGGGAACAUAUGGUUUGUACCAAACGGUGAAGGUCAUGCUCAGGUGAUGGCCAUUUCUCUACGGUUUCAACUGCAGCGAUCGGUUGCUGUGUCGAUCUCUGAAACCGGGGAAAGUUCAGAGCCGUCAAAUUCGAACUCUUUUUUCAGAGGUCUGCAAGUGUUGUUGGUGGACAACGAUGAUGUAAAUAGAGCAGUGACUCAGAAGUUGCUGCAGAAACUAGGAUGCUCUGUGACAUGUGCUUGUUCAGGAUUUGAAUGUCUUAGUGUGAUUGGAGGUGGUGGAUGCUCCUUUCAGGUGAUUGUUUUGGAUGUUCACAUGCCCGAGCUUGAUGGAUUUGAAGUUGCAUCAAGGGUUCGCAAGUUCGGAAGCAGAAACUGGCCAGUGAUUGUGGCCUUGACUGCAAGCACAGAAGAUUUGUGGGAAAAAUGCAUGCAAGUUGGCAUCAAUGGAGUCAUAAGAAAACCAGUUUUGUUGCAUGGAAUUGCCGGUGAACUCAGAAGAAUCCUGUUGCAGGGAAAUACUGUCAUGUGAGAAUUCAUGCCGCAAGUUUAAGUCCUUGCAACUAUUAGGUUUAUAGAGAGAAUUUCACUGGAGAUAUACAAUACUAAUGAGACCUGAACCCAAUUACAUAAGACAUAAAUGAGAAAGUAAAACAUUAUAUAAGAAUAAAGACUCAUAAACCCAUUGUCUUAAGGUUUUGGGUUGAGAAUGAUAUCAAUAUCUUAUGUAGUUGGGCUCAGGUCUCAUUGGUAUUGUAUCUCCCUAAUAAAACUUCCUCGGUAAACUUAAACAUAUAAGAAAAUAAGUUUUUAUACAGUAUUUUUCAGUCAUAUUCUUAGUAGGUUUUUGGUUACCUUUUUCUUUUUUGCAGCAAUGUUUCAUCUUUUAUAGAUCAUGAAUCAUUAUUAUACCUCAAGUUUCAUUA